AUGGCUGAGUUAACAUUUUGCCAGAAAGUUAAUGCGUGCUGCAAAUUUUAUAAAUCAUACUUCCUUAUGUUCGGAAUCCAACUUGGUUCUGCUGGCAUGUUUGUCAUCACCAUGACUGCCUUUAACAAGGGCAUGAGUCAUUACGUUUUUGUGGUAUAUCGUAAUACCAUUGCCACAAUUGCUCUCGCUCCCUUAGCCUAUUUCCUAGAAAGGAACAUUAGGCCCAAGAUGACAGUUCGGGUAUUUUCAGAAAUCAUGGCACUAGCAUUUGUCGAGGUAACACUUGGUCAAUGCUUCUCUUUCUUGGGGAUGAAGCUAACAUCAGCAUCUUUUGCAUCUGCUGUGAUGAAUUCCGUACCUUCCAUCACCUUUCUACUUGCAUUAAUUUUUCAAUUGGAAGGUAUGAAAAUUAAGGAGAUAGCAUGUCAAGGCAAAGUGAUUGGCACAAUGGUGAGUCUUGGUGGUGCUCUACUAAUGGUACUAUACAAAGGUCCUGUUCUUGGGUCAUCAGCAGCUACUCAGAUGCAUCAACCUGAAAAUGUGAACGAUCCCACUGGUGCACACUGGCUCCUUGGAGCAUUGUUUCUCGUAAUUGGUUGUGUUGGAAUCUCUGCCUUCUACAUUUUACAAGCCACAUCAUUGAGAAAGUAUCCAGCAAAUAUGUCAUUAGCCACAUGGGUUUGCUUUGUUGGUGCACUUCAAAGCACUGUUGUAACUAUUGUAAUGGAGCGCAAACACCCUGAAACUUGGUCUUUGGGCCUGGACUCUAGACUCUUUGCUCCAGUAUAUGCGGGAAUAGUAACAUCGUCAAUUCAAUAUUAUGUGCAAGGCUACGUCAUUAAAGCUACGGGGCCUGUUUUUGUGACUGCUUUUACUCCUUUGCGGAUGAUUGCAGUCACAGCUUUGGCUUGUAUUUUUCUCAAAGAGAAACUCCACCUAGGAAGCAUUGUUGGAGGACUGGUCGUGGUUAUAGGACUAUACCUGGUUGUUUGGGGAAAAUCAAAAGAGCAAAGAGCAAUGGCGUCAGAUGAGUCACAAGGACAACAACAAUUACCAAUCAUUGUCCCCAGAAUUGAUGUCAGUUCUGGAUAA